AUCACCCUGUAACUGUUAUUGAAUAUUGAUAAAAUUUAACUAAAUCGGUGACUAAACUUAUUCAUUAUUCAUUGUUCACUUCACACAUUUGUAAAUUGUUUUUUGAAGAGACACGUCAGUAAUACCACGUGUCGUCUCAAAAUAUUUACAGUUUUCCUUUGACACUUGGAUUUUAUCUGGGAAACAUACAUUUAUUUGGACUGUACUUUUUACAUAAUAAGUUUAAAAUCUUAAAUUAUAUAUUUAUUUGUGACACUAAAGAGAUAAAGAUGUGUCUAGCAUUACGGAGUAAUGUUUCGCCGUGUGUUUUAAUUGUUUUUAUAAACUGUGCUAGUGAAAUGAGUGAAAAAAGAACUAUAACCAAAAAUGUUUAUCUGUGACAUAACUUUUAAUAUACUAUAAAUGGCAAAUUCAUUAAAACGAACCAAUUCUCGUCGAAGGAUCGCCGCCCUCUCAUUUUUGACCAAUAUUACUCUUGAUGGCAGUUACAAAGACACUAAGUUAGCAAUUCUUCCCAAAAAUGGGGCCACAACACGAGCCCCAUUUCUUUGUACAGAGGACAUUUUGCCGGAAGAAGCUGAAGACAUAGAUGAAACUUCAUAUUUACUUAAAUCACAGCAAAAUCUGAAUGAAAAGUUGACACCUGUACUCCAUAAGAAGCAAAUUAAGAAAUAUAGGCCUAGCAAUAGUGACUCAGAAUCUGAAAGUAUUAUUGCACCCAUUAAGGGUACUUUAGAAGAUAACGCAUUUAGGAAACAUACUAGGGACAAUUUAUGUUUCAGCUCGGAUGUAGUUGACAGAGAUGGGAAAAUAAUUCCAAAGAUUCUUAAGAAGAUUCCACAUCAAGUGUCUAUAUGCAGUGAGGCAGAAAGAAGAAAGGAAAAAGAUAGCAGCUGUGAGAGUUUAGGCUCUGUUACUUUCAGAAAUAAAUUAGUAGGGGACAAAUCUCGCCAGAAAAUAACAAUCAUAAAACCAACAAGGGAUCACAAGUUUUCUGGAGAGAGGAUUGUUUUUGUAACUGCCAAGCAUUCACCCUUCAUGGUGUGUUCUUAUAUUCCAUAUAAGAGAAAUUACAGGGCAAAUCUGACGAGAGAAGCACAACGCAAGAGAACAGCAUCUGGCAACCGACCUUUGUCUACUUCUGGGGAUGGUUUUGAUCCAUAUGAUUCACUUGGCAUCGCAAGAGCUAGAGAUGGUCAGCAAGAAGAAUCUUAUGGAUAUUUACUGGAACCUUCGAAGUAUCCAAAGGAUGUGGUUUUGAAAAGAAACACCAUUGACGAUCCCACGGAUCAGUCGCUCGAUCCUCUUAAACGAAACGCACGACAUUUUGUUUCAAGAUGUUUGUCAUACGACACGCCAGGCCAAAGGAUAGCUUCCCAUACAUCUAAUGCAAUCGCAUCUGAGCUUAAAGAAGAAACAUUAAUAAAAGGAUUUAUUUAUCAUCCAGACCUACUAGACGACCCGGAACUUAUUGUCGGGAAACACAGGACUGUUCUAACGUUUACUUCCUACGUCACAUCUGUCAUUGACUACGUCAAACCGUCUGAUUUGAAACGAGAGAUUAACGAGAAGUUCAAAGAUAAAUUUCCACAUAUCGAUUUGACGUUAAGUAAAUUGAGAAGCUUAAAGCGCGAAAUGCGCAAAAUAGCCAAACAAGAAAGCAACAUAGAUCUUCUAACCGUCGCCCAAGCUUACGUCUACUUCGAGAAACUUAUCUUACGCGGACUAAUCCAUAAACAAAACCGGAAAUUAUGCGCUGGUGCCAGCUUGAUCCUCUCAGCCAAACUAAACGACGUUAAGGGUGACGCUCUCAAGUUGUUGAUCGAAAAGACGGAGGCAACCUUCAGAUUGAACAGAAAAGAAUUGAUGGCUACUGAAUUUGCUGUUCUAGUGGCUCUGGAAUUUGGACUACAUAUACCUACGUAUGAAGUGUAUCCUCAUUAUCAAAGGCUUUUAUAUGAAUCAUAGUAUAUGUCUUCAAAGUUGCAAAAAUGUUAUUUGUCUACUGAUAUGUUCGGUUCUUGUAUAGCUGGAAACGUUUGAACUUAUUUAUUCAUCACUUCAUCUUUCUCAAGUAUCAAUUAUGUAACUAACUAGUGAUGUUGUAUAAAGUAGUUUUGUAUAAAGUAAUCAUUUAAAGUAUUCGUUACUUUGAUUACUUUUGUAUUUGAGUACCGGUAAUCAUAUCGAGAAUCGCAUUUCUCAGUAUUUCGUAUAAGUAUAAGAUCCGAUAUAACGACCUGCACCGAUCUAUUUAAUGGAUAGAAAUUAAAUGAUAUGUAAUUGUUCUGUCAUUGCUGCUCCACAAUCUCAGUAGUCUCGAGUAAUCUGUUUGCAUCAAUUAAGUGCCAAAAACAAACCCUCGAAACUCUAGAUGACGUACCUUAGCAGUAACCCUGGACACCCAGGUGCUUCGGAGGUCGGUUCUGAUUGCAAAUUUGUGUUCAGUGACCCCAAAUAUCCCGAAAUAAGAAAAUCUGGCCCAUAAUAUACCGAUUUUAACAUGUUUAUGCAUUUUUCGAUGCGUUCUAUUCACUUUAAAAUGUAAUAAUGCAUUUCUACCUAUUUUUAUAUUGUGGACUUUUUUCCAGACGUCAUCCUAAUCCUAAAUACAAUGCAAAAAGUUGCAAGUCUCUAUGUACCUACUAUAUUUAAAAAUAUAUUUAUUCCUGUGUGUUUAGUGUUAAAUGCCCUGCUCUAAUAAAAACAAUGCCAUACCUACAUGUAAAAUUAAAGUUGAUAAUCAUAGUCUAGAAAUAUUAUGAUUUCUUCUACAUAUUUUCCGGUCAAUCUAAGCUAUUUUUUUCUAGACCUGAUAAGAAUAGUGUGUAUUUAUUAUUAAAAUCUGAUGUGUUGCAUUUUUAUUUUCAAAAAAACUAACAUCUGUGAAAUUCUGUGAAUUAUCUACCUCGACAAAUCGUAUAGACAUCUGUUUCUGGGUGCAUACUUUGUUAAAUGAUAUACCUCCCUCUGUUUCAGCUACUCGGCGCCCUGUAAUCCUGUAAAACUCUUCAUAGCCUUCGCCCUUCAUAGAUAAAAUUUUAGUUAACUGUACUGAUACCGAACCCUCGUGGAAUACCGGUCCGACUCCGAUAUCAACCGAGUAGAUACAAUACUCAAAAUCAAAAUAUGUAGGUACUCGCUCUGAUACGAUUGGUACGAAGUAAUCAGAGUAAUCAAAGUAACGACUUACCUCUCUGUAUAGUAAUCGUUACUUUCGGUAUUCGUAAGUAACGAGUAUUUUGUAACGAAUAGUUACUUUUUCAACAUCACUAUAACUAACGUGUAAAGUGGGUGAUCAAAGUGCGCGGCCAACCGAGUUUUUUCAGCGGGUUAUGAGCGAAGAACUUUUAACAGUGUUUUGUGAAAUUUAUAUUAGUUUUACUCCUGAGUAUGCGGGACCAUUUUUCGUUGGAAUUUUAUCGCGAUGGACAGGCGAGAAGUGAGAUGCAACUUUUAGAUCUCCCUCAGCUUUCUUUGCUCCAGCAUUCGUUGGUUUGCAAAUUUUAGAAACCACGAAGGUGUUUCCCGAAAACUUGGUCCAAAUAAAGUUUUAUUUUUAAUAUUAUUUUAAUUUUAUUAACGUAAAACUUUCGCUUGUUUUAAGCAGAUGUCGCCACGACACCCAUAUCACGUUGUUUUGUUGUAAUUCGAUACUAGCAGCCCGAUUUGUUUCAGUUUGUUCAGAGAUAGUCAUAUAUGCACUUUCUGAUGGGAACCUAUCCAGGUUUGAAACCGGUUAGAGUAUGGUGCUCUCUGAACGAACUGAAAUAUAAGACGGCUCUUGUUUCGUUUUACAACGAAAUAAUGUAACUUGAUAAAAAUGGCCGCGAAAGCUCUUUGAUAAUGUGGAGCUUUUUAUGGCUUCAGCAUCUCGUCCUAGUCUGACUUCUUUUCUAUUUCCACACGUUUUUGCAACAUAAGACGCAUUUGUAUUACCUUUAUUAUAAAUAUAUAUAAUCGCCUGUAGGUAUGUUGUAUUUUAUCUUGAAUAUCGGAUUUAUAAUGCCUUUAGGAUGUUUUGCUAAGAAGCAAAGGCGUUUACGAGUAUUUUUUCUACUUAUAUAUUGACAAGAACUUAUUUCAAGCAGAACAUAACCUUUUUGAUAAUGUGUAUAACAAUAAAAAGUUAGCAUUUUCAUAUUACCAUUACCUAAUAUUCUAUGAAUUCUCAUCUAGGAAAAAAACUGUGUUAUCGUUCUCCAUUGUAUUAUUUAAAUUUUCUUUAUAACUCCAUUAUAAAGUUCCCUCAAAUAUACGAGUAGAAAAAAAAAUAGAAAUCUUAGAUAAUAUUGAAAAACUUGUUUUUUGUUCAUAUUCCGACUAGCUUUUAGUGCAACAAAUUGCAUGUUUUAAUUCUCACGAAGUAGCAAAUUAAUAUUUUUGUUACAAAAAAUGGUUCGUAGAAAAACUAUAAUACAUAACUCGUGUGGUGAGCAUAUUAUGCGCUCGUUCGAAUUACGCCACUCUCUAGCUCAUGGUUGUAAUUUUUCACGCAUGCGUAAUACACUUUCAUGCUUAUUAUGUAAUUACUACUUAUAUAUUUUUGAAUACUGGCACUAUAUUUAAAUGUAAACGGUGGCGAUGUAAUGUCCAAAUUCAAAAAAUAUAUUUUAUAGAUAUCGAAAUUAAAUAUUUUGUGAGUUUUUGACUCUAAUAUGCAGUUGGGACUGAUGAUUUUUACCCGUGUGUCAUCACUUAAGACUUAAAGCAUACGAAAAAAGUUGUGAGUCACACACACACACACACACACAUACUCGUACAACCCCAGCCUCGGGGGACAUGUGUAUUCCAAUGGAACAGUGGGACCCACAUGUCCGAAGAUCAAACCGGUCACACUCCGUAACGGAGUGGUACCUAUCUGACCCCCAAGCUAUAUCACACCCUCCCCCCCCCCUUAAAGAGGCUUUGUACUUAACGUUACUUUGGAUUACUGAGCAAUGGGACUAUAAUAUUACUUCAUGUAGUUAAGCCACCUGAUUUUAGGGGUAGCUAGAAGAGGUUUUCUCCCGCUUAUUGACUUCUUUAAUUUAUUAGUUGACUUUGGACUUGUGACCUAAAAAUGUGUGUUUCGGGAAUCUUGAGUCGGUGUUUCGCUGUCCGGACUGUCUGUGCUCGGUCACUCAGCCGCCGAAUGGACCGUGAUAGUGUGACGUCAAAACGUCAAAAAGGUUUCCAAACGAAGCAAAAGUUUGACGUCUGUCAAUUAAUUAUACACGUGAUUUGUGUAAUCAUUUUUAAUUUUAUUUUGUUUUAACAAUAAUCUGCACAUUUUUUCUAAAGACACAAUCCUUGUUAGUAAUAUCAAUCAUAUUUCUUUUAAUUUUAUAAAUGUCCUUACCCAAAAUCAAGGAUUUGCACACUACAUAGUACUUACUGCGUUUCUUCAGGUUCUUAACCAGUCCUAUUUGGAAAUAUGGUGGGAAAUAUACUAUGAGCAUUGAUUACAAUCACGGGUACCCAACACAUUACCAUUUUGUAAAAAUUAAACAUCCUACAAGCAAUAUAUUCCAAUUAUAAAAACGAAAACAAACACCAUGUGUGAAUUUUUGCUUUGUUUGGAAACCAUUUCAGAGUAGCCAACAUUGAUUUGACGUCACGACUAUCACGGUCCAUUGGCAAAAUAAAUUUUGUUCUUGAGCGCCCGAAAGGUGUGGCCAUCAAGCCCACGUCUGUCGGUGAACUCGAUGCUCAACUUCCGCAACUAUGGUCCAUUUGACCUACCUGAAGGGUAUUUAGUGCCUGAAUGGCGACGUCUGUGUUUGCAGGUAAAGUAUUUGUUUGUUGCCUGAUCUGAGUUAAAUCAUGGUGGUGAUGUCAAGACUGCUGUAACAGAAGGUUAUUAAAUAAUCCACGAGGAAAAUAAACUUCCUGUAGCUGGCUGUAUACCAUAAAUCACAAAAAUUUUGUGAAAACGUUUUGUCUUAAUGUGACCCUUAUUUAGGAUAUUUUAAAAUAUACCUUUUACAACAAAUCUAGUAUUUUUUUAGAAGGUUAUUACAUUCGACUAUCCUGUGGCCCUCUCAAUUCUUCAUUCUUAAGGGUUUUCUCUAUAUCCAUCUAACUGCUGUCUGGGCCGUCUAUGUUCCGUUCUUUGGUUUUCGUCGUAGUAAGUCAAUUCUCUUAAUAAGCUGCUCGGAUGAUUCCUGAUAUUGUUGGAUAUUUCGUGUGCUCUUUCGUCUAUCAUUCUCACGACUCUGUUGCGUAUGUCCAAAUACGUAUCUUAAUGGGACAUAUCCAGGUAUAUUCAGAACUUCCCUGAUCAUGUGAUUUGGGAUUUUUGUAUUUUUUUUUUGUUGGUUUUACACGUGUGCCCCCAUGCGGCUGAGGCACAUGUUAGUGUUGACAAACUUAUACAAUUUGUAAUCCUAAUCUUUGUCUUAAAUCUCAGUUUACUCUUUCGACCUAUUAGCGAUGAGAGUUUGCUCCUAAGUGCUUUAGCUUUGUUGACCGUUUGUUUCACGUGUUCUGUAAAAGUCAGCAUGUUGUCCACCAUUACGCCUAGGUAUUUGGCUUGAUUUGACCAUUCAAUUUGGGUAUCGAAUAGGUAUAGUACCUCACUUGGUCUGCCUCUUCUUUUUUGGUACAUGACGGCUUAGUUGUGAGUGAGCAUCGCUUUCGAACAAACGUAGUACUAUAGUACACAGAAGUACAAACAAAAAACCGCUAGGGUGGUAUUGUUUAUGGUUUUGGAUUCGCAAUGUAAAAGCGGUGUAAGUGUGUUCAUGACAUAUUUCGUUACUUAAUCGUACGUUAGACUAAAAGUAUGUAUCGGAUCUCGUUCUAUUUAAUGACACACGAGUAAAUCUCAACGGUCCCCAUUUUAUAUUGUGUUACUUUGGGAAAGUUUUAGUGUGAAUAGGAUUGUUUUGUAGAAAAUUUUUUAAAUAUUUUAAUAAACUUGCCAUUUUACUAUUUUACUGUUAUUCUUUAACUUAGUUUUAAGAAAUAUUUUUGUGUAAUUUUGGUUCAUUUGAUUAUUUGUGCUCAUUACUAUUAUUAUCCCUGUUAUAUAUUUUUAUCUUAUUAUUUUGUUAGUACAAAGCAUUUUUAAUAUGAUUGUGUAAUAUUAAUAGCGUUUUAUUUUUUUUAUGGUAUCUUAAUUAAAAGAGAUUGCCUUUUUAGUUUAAAAACCUGAUUCGACGAUGCUGUUUGUUUCCGAGUGGUUCAAAUAGGAUUGGGAGUAAAAGAAAUGGACAUGGAGCAAUAUGUUUUAACACAACAAAUAUUGAAUACUCUGUAAUAUCUACCACAGUUCAUAGACCGAAAGAUAAUACACAUUUACUAGUAAAAUGUUUGCUAAAAAGCAAUAUGUUUUAACACAACAAAUAUUGAAUACUCUGUAAUAUCUACCACAGUUCAUAGACCGAAAGAUAAUACACAUUUUUUAGUAAGGUUUGGCAUUUGUUUUAGAAGAAAUAGCAGAAAGCAGUAGAAAAUACCAAUACUAAUGAGGUAACACAUUCCAAAUUCAAAUCCCCAGAGCCAAAUCAAGACAAUAAGCCGGAUAAGAAAGCAAUGGCAGUUAAUCUGGAAAGCUCAACGUAGGUGGCGCUUGUGUAGUUGGAGGUCGCGUCAACUAUUCAAAUCAAUCUAUUUCUAAGUAAAUAUUGCAUAUUUGUUUGGCUGUGUGAAUUUAAUUUGAGAAAAUAAAAUGCCUCAGCAAUAAGAAGGGAUAAAUAUCUGUAUGUAUAUAUCGGUUUUAGAACGUCUUUCGACGUUGUCCGAUGCCUAACUUCCACGUCCUUCUAUCAUCCCAUUGACCAUCUCUAAGAUCCCUUGUACUCAUUGCUUUGGUUACCCCUUCUUUCCAUGUCUUUUUGGGUCUUCCUCGUUUUUUUGCGGUUUGGUGGUACCCACUGCAUGAUCUUUUUGGGCAAUCUUGUAUCUUCCAUUCUUUGAACAUGACCAUACCAAAUCAACUGUUUCCUCUCAAUGUCUGUUGUUAAGUAACCAUCUAUUCCAAUUCAUCGUCUUACUUCCUCAUUUCGAACUCUUUUCCUACGGGAUAUACCUAACGAUCUUCUAAACACAUCCAUUUCUACAGCUUCUAAUUUUUUCCUGUUGUUCUCGGUUAUUCUCCAAGUUUCUGCUCCGUAAAGUAGGCUGCUUUUAAUAAGUGUUUCAUAGAUAUUGUAUUUUCGCUGUAUUCCUAUUUCGGAGCUCCAAAGUAUUCCAUUUAGGCAGCCAAUUGUUCUUCUAGCUUGUGUUACCCUUUUCUUUAUUUCCUCAUCGUCUUUUCCCGUUCUAUCGAAGAUUACUCCCAGGUACGUGUAUUCACUACAGGAUGUGAUUUGUUCAUUAUCCUCUAGUUCGAUAUUGGAUAACUCAGCUCCUAUGGGUAGGUAUUUAGUUUUUUCCACAUUAAUUUCCAAGCCCCACUGUUCAUAUUCCUCCUCGAGUUUUCUUGCCAUAUACUGUAGGUCGUCUUUGUCAUUAGCUAUGAUGACUUGGUCAUCAGCAAAUUGUAAGGUAUAUAAACAAACCUCUCCGAGGUCUAUACCCAUACCGUGGCAUUUACGUUUCCACUGGUUUAGUGCUUUUGCAACAUAUAUCUUGAACAAAGUUGGUGAAAUACAGCAGCUCUGGCGAAGACCCUUGUUAACUAUGAACUUUUUAGAUAGUGUGUUGCCAAUUUUUACUUGUGAUGUAGAAUUUCCAUAUAAAUUUUUUAAGGCUUUGACUAGAGUGUAGCUGAUGUUAGUUUCUUGUAGUGAUUUCCACAAUUUAGUCACAGGAACGCUGUCGUAUGCUUUACGCAGGUCAACAAACAUGAGAUGGGUCUCUUGAUUGGUUGCUGAUUUUUUUUAAUUAAUUGUUUUAGGCAGAAGACAUCUGUGCAAGUCCUUCCAGCGCGGAAACCAGUCUGUUCUUCUUCUUCUUCUUGUUCCCUAUACUCCAUCUCAAUGAGAUUUCUAAGAAUGCGCCCGUACACCCGGCUUAGUGUACUAGUUACCGAUAUUCCUCUGUAAUUUGAGCAAUCCAACUUAUUUCCUUUUUUAUGAAUGGAAGAAAUAUAAGCUACUUUCCAUAAACUGGGUGGUGUGACACCGUUUAUAUAUUUGUUCAUUGUUCAUUUGUUCAGGGAUAAAUAUCUGCCGACAAUAAAUGCACGUAUGUAUCUGCAAUAAACAUUUUGUUGAAACAGAUUACGUAUUGCCCCUGGAUUCGACUGUAAAAAAUCGAAUGCUUUACUAUAAAACUCAGAUCAACAUAAAUAUUUUUAUUUUGGUCUGAGCUAUAGAAAUAAAAUAUUAAGACGAUGAUUAAUAUAGCUUACCCUUCGAUAAGGUCUUCCUUUUUUCCAGUAACUCUCGCAUUCCAGCAAAAAGAAUAUCGAAAGAAAAUGGAAGAACUGAAACUUAUUAAUGAAAAGGCGCUUCAAGAUAUUAAUCAAUUACGAAAUGAAUUAAAGAUCUCCAACGAAAGAGUACAAAAAUUAGAAAGAGAGGGAAGAAGGAAAAUAUUGUGAUUCAAGGACUGCAGAUUGACACCGAUCAACCACUCUUGCUAGGGAACGAGGUAGGAAAGUUCACAGAAAAGGAAAUGCGAGUAAAAGUAAACGUUAAUGAAGCAAGAAAGCUGGGAGACAAAAUAAAUUUGGUAGAGAUGGAUAGCAAGAUAGAAAAGACCAAAGUAAUGCAAAAUAAGAUGAAACUCAAGCAACCGAGAAAAAGAAUAUACAUAAAUGAUGAUCUGACGAAGGAUGGAAAGGGAAAUAAUGGCGAAAAUAAGAAUUGCUAAGGAAGAGAAAAUCAAAGGAAAUAGUACAAGAACAGGAUACCAAAGACUGACAAUAAACAAUGAAUUAUGGAAAUGGAAUAAAGAAAAAGAACAGCUGGAAAGAAUAGAGAGACAUUGCAAAAAACUAGAAUUGAAUGCAGUAUUAGGAGACCCAACAAAGAAAACGGAAACAAGAACCGAAAAAUAAUAAACGAGAUAAUGGCAAUAAAGAAGAACUAGUUAAAAGUUAAAAGCGCCUUGAAAUAUAAGAGGAUCAUUCCAGGAAGGAAAACUGAAGCAUCUACUUAGUAAACGAAGCCAAAAAAUAUAAAUUUGAUCUUGUGGCAACAAGAGACUAAGAAGCUGGGAUAGGGUAGUUAGGAAAUAGAUGGCUAUAUAAACAGUGGAGGCUGUUAAAGGGCUUCCUUUUUCCAGUAACUCUCGCAUUCCUUCUGAUCAAUUCGUUUUUCAACGUACAAACAGUCCAAGAUUCGUAUUUUUUGCCAUAAUUUAUUAUUUAUUAAAUCGUAAACAAAAACACCAUAUACAUACUUCACGAAUUGUCAAAACAUUGACCCCCAACUAUACUAGCGCCGCCAAGCGGGAGUAACGGCGUACAUAGCUGCCAUUCGAAGCCCAUGUGUGGUCGACCAAGACACUUUACAGCUGCUAAAGACAAACUCAACCCAGUGGGUUACAAAGACUUGCGUGUAUGGGGAUAAUUGGUGUCAUGCGCACUACUCCAAUUACUAUGCCUGCCUCCACUCAUUUGUUAAUACACAAUAAAACAAUCACUUAAACUUGGAAAUAAAGGGACAUAACCUAUGAGUAUCACAAGAACUUGACGAAGGGCAUUUUUAAUGUGGAAUCGGAUCACAUGACAAAAAUAUAAUAUUAAGAGUUCAUACUAGGUGUCUAUUCCUAGGCAGAGAUGUAUCAAGAAACAAGGAGUAUCACAACCAACAAGGUAUUCCUCAAUAAAAUAGGCAUUUACAAUGAAGACCUUAACUGGUACCGGACCGCAAAGGACAAAGACUAUGUGGACAAUCAAGGUAAGACCUUGGUAUAUUUAGGACACACCAAGCAAAAGACUGGUACAAACUUGAUAUGAUAAAAAAAAUUAGCCUGGGUGUAGUUCAAUGUAUAACAAUGGGUAGCAAACACAUAAGUUGCAGUUUCAGUAAAUGUAAUUUUCUUCUUGAUUCAAGGUCCAAGAAACAAUAGAGGAAAGAAAGUAAAAGACAGUGAUUGCAUAAUAAUUAGUGAAAAUUAACGAGCUGAAUAUGGUUGGAGAAUAGUAACGGAGUGAAUGAAUAACAUAGGAGGCAAUAAUAAUAAAUAUAUAGCGAAAAUGUUAUCAACCAAGCAACCCAUAAGCGAACAACAUGUAUGUUAUCAUCUUUCGCACAUUUCUUUGGUUUAUUCCCAAAUCAAUCUUGAACCCUCUGUUCUGAGUUUUUUUUAUUUAAAUGUAAUUUUCUAUAUUUUAUUUAUGUUAAGUAAAUUUAAGGGUGCAAUGUUUCAAUCUGUGUACCUAAAUUUUAAAUGUAAUGUUUUUAUACUAGCAAUAAAAAAGUCUUUGACUUCAUUUCAGUAUGAUUGGUUAAAAGUUUGUCGUAUAAAUUUCGAAAUUUCUUGAUGUUAAAUGUACAUAACACUCUGUUCAUUCAAGUGAUUUCUUUACAAUUUUUUAAGUCUGAUAAUUGUGUGCCACUCUAUAUAGAAAAAGGUCGUUAUGCUAAGUCAAAUUUUACUAUAAACAGUCUUUCACCAUGUAAAGGUUUUGAAAAAAAUCCGUUGAAUUCAUCACUUUGUUUUGAUGAUUGAUUACAUUUUUAUUUUACAUUUGGAUGUAAUUUAAAAAAUGUAUUUGUUACACCCGUGUCCUUCUCUUGGCAGAAUUGGAUCAGCCUUUCUACUCUUUCAUUUCUUGUUCCAAGAUCAUAUUAAUAUGUCCCCACAGUUUUCUCGACUGUACCUUGUCCUAUUUUGGCGUUAAAAUCGCCUGUAACAACAGUUGGUUCAUUUUUUGGUCAGUUUUAGAGAGCCCUUUAGAGGCUGAUAGAAAUUUUCUAUUUCUUUAGUAAAUUCGGAUGUUGGUGCAUAGACCUGAAUGAUGUUUAUAUUAGAGAGACUGGAGUUUCUUCAAUAACGCAACUCUGUCUGACAUGGGUGUAAUAUUACUGUUUAUUGUUGAAUAAUCUCCCGAAUAAUAGACAUGGUUUUUCAAACCUUAUUGAUUCAACCAAAAAGACUCAACCUUAUUGCAUAGUCACUUGUAUUCAACCAAAUCUGUUAUUUGUUGUUUUGGUGCAACAUAAUCAUUAGGGAGCGGAUUUUAUGCUAAAUGCAUAUUGCAUGCAUAUUUCGCAUUUUUGAGAACUUUACUAAAUUUUGCAUAUUUUUAAAGAAACAUGCAUAUUUUGUGCAUAUUUAAAAGAUUUAAGUCCAAAAAAAAUAUUUUAAAUUUUUUAAUUCGACACAAAAUAUUUCCCCGCACAAGCUGUCGUAUCUAUUAAUUCGGGAACUACCUGAAGAGAUGCCUUUUCAUUUUUUAUUAGAAAAUACCCGAUCUUUACACAAAGUACUUAUAGUGCUUAUAGUACGCCGUUAUAAAAUGAUUGUAAGAUGUUAAAAUGAUGAAGGAUGGUUUACCGGGAAAUCCGAAUUUUAUUCACUUUUAUUAUAUUUAGUACCUACGUACCUAUAAUCCUGGUGAUUCUUUUAAAUCCCCUAUUGUUAAGAGAACUUACACCUUCAAACAUAGUUUUACGAUUUUCUAACGGAAAUUGAAAUAUUCAAGCUUUAGAUCAGAUCCCGUAAAUCAGUAAAAUUAGUAAAAUUACAUGGUUAAAGCUGGUCAACAAAUUAAAUUAAUUUAUGCAAAUUUAGUUCACGUAACUUGUUUAGGGCAUGGAUGUAACAGAGUAGCUGAACAUAUUAGGGGUGAAUUCCCUGAUGUAAAUGUACUAAUAAGUAGCGUAAAAAAAGUAUUCGUCAAAAGUCCUUUACGGGUCUAGUUGUACAGGAACAAAUUACCUAAUAUACCUUUAGCUCCCGAAUCAGUACUGAAUAGGUGGAGAACUUGGUUGGAAGCUGCAAUUUUUUCUGCUGAACAUUUUGUGGCAAUUACGGAAUUGCUUUUAGAAUUUAACGCCGAAGACAGUGCUGCUAUUAUAAAGACACAACAUAUUGUUAAAACGACUUCUUCAUUGGCAAACCAGCUAACUUUUAUCAAGACACAUUAUAGUUUUAUAGUAAAAACCAUAAAUAAUUUAGAAAAUCGGAAAAUGUCUUUAACAGAGUCCGUCGAAAUAGUUAGAAAUUUUAAAGCACACAUUUCGAAAGUUCCCGGUAAAAUCGGUAAUUCAGUUAAAAAGAAAUUAGAAUUGGUUCUAGAAAAAAAUAACGGCUUUAAAAUUGUGGAGGACAUAUGCGAAAUUUUUAGUGGAAAUUUUGAAAUUGAUUUUGGUGCAGAAUUUUGGGCUUUAACAAGUUAUUUUAAAUAAGCCCCGCAAUUACUUCCGUUGAUGUUGAAAGGAGUUUUUCAAGUUAUAAAAAUAUUUUAUCUGAUCAAAGAAAAUGUCUCGUAAAAAAUUUGGAAAAACACAUUGUAGUGAAUUAUAACCGAAAAUAUAUGUAUAUAGUGAUAUUGUUGUUUUAUUUUAAUAGGUAACUAUUGGCAUCAGUUUUUGUAAAAAAUGUGAAUAAUUUGCAUAUAUGAAAAAUAACGAUUUUAUUUGAAAGACAAUAAAUAAAAUUGCCGCCCCCCAUAUAAAAGAACCCCCUAGAAUAGAAUAAAACAGAAAAUUUGUGGUUUCUCGAAAUGAGCAUUUUUUUGAAUUUUUGUGCAUAUCUUGCGCAUAUUUCGUAAUCUUUUACUGCAUAUAUAUGCGCAUAUUUCAUCAAAAUUGAUUGCAUAUAAAUCCGCUCCCUAAUAAUCAUAUUUGCCAUAGGAAUCAGAUGAGUGAACAAACUGUAGUAGACAGACCCGAUAGAAAUUCAGUAUUCUGUUUAGAUGAUCAUACUCCCCAUUAACUGUCCAAAAAUUCGCUGUCGACCAAAAAUUAACUAGGAGAGGUACAGUGAUGAGUGCGCUAAAAACCAGCAAAAUAACAGACGAUGGAAAACAUAAUACACUGAUGAGCGUGCUAAUCGGCAAAAUAGCGAAAAAGAUGGAAAACGUAUUAACUUGUGAGAUAAAAAGAAAUGAAACUAGUCGAGCUGGUAAAUUUAGCGAUAUUAACAUAUAAAUUUACAUUAUAUUGAUUGCUUAAAUGUUUAGGUUAAUAUCGCUAAAUUUCCCAGCUCGACUAGUUUCAUUUCUUUUUAUAUCACAACUUAAUAUGUUUUCCAUCUUUUGUGCUAUUUUGCUGGUUAUUAGCGUGCUCAUCACUGUAUAUUGUGAAAUAACAAGAGAUGGAACUAUAGGGUUGAGAAAUUAUCGCUAGAAACCUAUAAAUUUACAUUACAUGAUAGUUUCCCACCUUUAGACGUUAGCUUAAGAGCUAGUUGACUUCAGUCAUACGUAUGACGUUUCGAAAAAUAAUUUAGUUGAGUUAUUUUUAUUAUUAGUUUGUUUUAUAAUUAAAAUAGCUACUAAUUAAUGUUUUUUUCACUAGCAUUUGUCUUAAUUUAUUCAAUCAUUUGUUCUAACAUGGGAAAUUAUAAAAUGCUUUUCGACAUCAUACAUAUAAUUAGGACUGAAGUCAACUAGCCACAUAUAAGAACUAGCUUGAUGUCGUACCAUCUCACAACUUAAUAUGUUUUCCAUUUUUUGCCGGUUAUUAGCGCCGUCAUCACUGUAUAGAGAACUUUUAGGUUACUGAACAGAAGCACAGAUUAUCAGAAGUUCUGGAUAAUCUGUGAAAGAAGUAACUGAAUCUCGCAUUGGUAUGUGACCUCCAGCGAAUGGAUUAAAAUUUUGUAUAGAUAUAAUAAUUACAAACUAAAGGUAAAACUAGAAUAGAUUUUUUACAUAUUUGUUUGUUAUAACAAAUGACUACCUACUUAGAAAAUUUCUAGCUAAUAAAAUACCUACUAAGUUUUUAUAAAUUUUUAAAAUCUGUGUGCUACUAAAAUUAUUAAUGUAUGUACUUACAUUACGAGUAUAUUUUUACUUAUUUGUUAAAUUUGGAUGUGAUAUGUAGAAAUAGUCCUAGUCAAACAGUGAAAACUCUAAUUACAUGUAUAGGGCUAAAUUAAAAUUGAAAACAUAUAUGUAUCAUUUAGCAAAAGAAUGACUCAAGCCCAUUUAUUAACGCUUCUUUAUUUUAAUCUCAGAAAAGGGGAAAAUUAUAAAAUAAUUGUCAUAAUAUUUAUGAUAGGGAAUCAGUGUACUUUUGUUGGUUUGAAACUCUUAUGCUGGGUGAUACAUAAGUAUCAAAUAAAUAUAAUAAUAGCUUGUAUGUAUUUUCAAAAUAAAAGUUGAUAAUUUCUCUCA